GCUGGGAGCCUCGGUCCGGUGCCGCUGAAGCAGUUCCGAGCGCGGGAGCGGGGAACGUUUUCAGUGGCAAAAGAAGGGCUGUUUCGCGUUAGAGAGGCUGGGUUGCACGCGGGCAGUGGUAGAGGUGCAGACACCCUUCAGACCUUCCCCUUAAGGUGAGAUCAAGUCUAUUGCCAGAAAUACUCGUGUGGCUCAUUUAUUUAUUUAUUCAUUAUCAGGUAGGUUGUCGUAGGACUCGGGGAAUGUAGUAUGUUGUGGUCAGGUCAGAAGCCUGUGGCACAUGUCAGCUCUCAACUUCACACCACAGUAACCCCCAAGAUACAGCUGAUGUGUCGUGGAUAGGAGAAAAGAAAAUUGGCCUUGUAGAUUUACACUGAGUACUUCAUAAACUUUGUUUGCUAACUUCUUACUCUUUUCAAAAUACAAAGCUGGUAAACGCUGGAAAUACCAAUAACUAUAUUGGUAGUUACACUGACAGUGUUCAGUAACAUUGUCUUGAUCUGUCUGUCUCGAGAAUGUAAUGUCAAAUAAAUGCAGUUUGUGAUUCUCCAUGUUUUGAGUGCUGCUAAAGCCUCACCUUGAUCACUCAGAUUUUUUUUUUUUGUUUUCCAGCUGUAAAGGAAUAAUAAUAAUAAAAGGCUAACACUUGCCUCGGCACAUGAUAAUUUGUGCAACCUUGAGCUUAGUGAACUAACCAGUAACUUUUCUGAGUGGGAAGACCUGAUGUUACUGUGACUCUUGCAAUGUGAAAUUACUGAAGAUUUUGGAGAAUGUGUAAUGAGGGCAAUGUUGCUGUGGUUCUGAAAACUCGCAGUUGUUUUUCAUCAGGAAGGAGCAGUUAACGGUCUAAUGAUGCUUGGAUUAGCAGGUGUGCAUCAACAGAUUAAUCUCUGCAAUGAGUCUCUCAUGUUAGAAAAGUUGCCUGUCUGUGGAAAGUUCUUUGAAGGGAUGAUGAAGAAAGUGGACUCCAAAAAAUGGUGCAACCUGACAGAAUUUAUCAUGUAUUAUAAUAACUUUACCCAGUGCACAGAACGUGAAGCCAACAAUGCAGGUUGCUUCUGGCCAAACCCCCUUGCAGAGAGCUUUAUCACGGGAAUUCAUAAACAGUACUUUUCAAACUGUACUUUGGACAACAUUCACUGGGAAGAUCCGCCAGAUGAAAUUCUCGUAACUCUGAUCUUGAUUCCAGUCAUAUUGACAUGUGCCAUGAUAAUGCUGGUAGUAUGGUGCAGUAAGAGAAGUGAUAUUCUAGUGUAAGUUGUUCCCAGUGGCUUUAUUUUUAGCAUUUCCUUCUUCAAGGAAAAAAACCAACAAACUAAGAAAGAAGGAUGAAAAAAGAAACCACGUCAAAAUUUCAGACCUGCAUAAAUGGAACCUGUGAGAUGCUGGGACAGAGAUUAUGCUUCUGUGAACAAACAACUGCUUUCUUCUGUCAAAAGUCAGUGCUUCUGAGGUUGGUCAUCGGUGUUCCUGGUGCAAAGACUUCACUGUUGUCGGGUAUCAUAACCAUAGAAUUCACAGGCAUUUCUCAGGAUUAAGGUAGUCCACAGGUAAGUGGGCCCCUUGGCUGCAAGAGAGGUAAAGUUACUUUCCCAUAGGUAAAGCUAGUUGGUAAACCAAGUUUUGCAAAACUGUAUGUAAGUGUAUAUAUACACAGUGUAGCAUUAUCCAUGAGUAAGGUGUUAUCUCUUGAGUUUCUGUGCAGAACUCUUGUGGUUUUCAUCUGUGAACCUUGUAACACAGAUGUAAGACCAUUGGCAAAGAAACGGAACGUGGAUGUGUAACCAAGCGACAAGCUCUUCUGGAAGUCAGUGCAAAACAACGUUAUCAAGAACUGGAAAUAUUGUCUCGGCAAAGAACAAUUAAUGUGUCCAGUGCAACAUGGGAAAAAGUAUUGCUGCAUUAUAAAAUAGCUUAGGAAAUGUAUUUGAGCAUACUGAAAUUGUAUGGCUUACAAACAAACUCUGGAAGGAAUACAGAUCUUACUUUACAGAAAGUCUGUGAGAGGAAAAUGAUUGGUUAUAAGGGAAGAAACUUUCAUAUACCAAACUUAUUUAUUUUUCUCUUUUAUUAUUAUUAUAGCUGAUGACUUGAAUUCACUAUGUACUCCCUGCUCUCACUUUAAUCUAUGCAAGUGACAUCCUUCAAAUAAAUAUUAAGGUGUGAUGUUGAUUGAGGUGCCUUUUAGAGGGUAAUUUUGUACAUGAUUUGUUUUUUGUCCUGUGAAGAGUGGGAAUUGAAAUAUGGAUAUCAAAGAGGUCUGAACAUAACUUGGAACAGACAUAGGAGGAAAGAGAAGAAAAAUCUACUCAGAAGUCUUAUUCUAUAAAGCUAUCCCAAUUAACAAUUUGAAUAAAUGUCAUAUGCCCAAAAUAAAACAAAUUUCUUGUUUGUAUUAUAAUUUCUUUUUCAUUUCACAAAAUAAAUUCCAGUCAAAAGCCCUUCCAUUAUAAGCAAAUAAAGUCUGUUACAAGUAAUUGCUCAUUUUAUUAUGCAGUGUGCAGGCAAAUAGCUGGAAUGUCAAAGGAAUGAUAUUCCAUAUCCUAGAUAGAUUCUCUCUUUUAAUAUUCUGGUCUGCUGUUUAAUGACCAGGUCUGAAUCAAAGCACUUAAAAAUGUUUAUAUGUAAGUACAUAAAUAACAAGUGUAGAUAUACUGUUUUGUGUUCACACCCUUUCACAAUGGGUAAAAACACUGGCUUUUAAAAAAAAUUACCUUACAUGGUAUAAUUACGAUUAAUGUCGUAAGUUUGUAUGUAUUUUUCCAAAUAUAUUCUUUCAAUUUCUGGAUGCUAAUGGAAAAUCACUCUUUGUAAAAGAAGUGUGAAAUGUGUUCUAAGGAUUUCUGUAUUAAAAUGUUUUGGUCCACAAAAACCUGUAAUAAACAAAAAUGAUCAUUCAUUUGAACCAAAAGAUUCAUCAGAUUCAUCGACUCAUUUUGUGUGGCUAAAAUCAAAUAAUUUUCCAAUUACUGAUA